GCGUCACUUACGUGACAUUUGUCGUUGUCGCUGUCACGUCACUUGAAAUGUGGUAUUCUAGUUGUCGAGUGACGUGACUGCGAGAAAUAAACGAAAAUGAAACGUUUCAAGUGAAAUUGAUACAUUUUAAAAAGAAAUUUUGGCGAGUAAAGUUCAAACUAAAAAAAAAAAUUCGGUGUAUAUAUUUAUUUUUUUAAAUAAGAGGGAAAUAAAAAAUGUCGUCAUUUGCAUUAUGGUUUACGGAUUCAUCAGAUUCCGAGAGUGAUGAAAUCGAAAAAAAACAACAAUUAAGGAUCAAAAGAUUUAAGAUUAGGGACAACUCUAAUCCAUUGGAUUUGCCAAAUGGAGUAUUUAUAAGCUAUUACAGACUUUCAAAGGAGGCCUUUCUAUAUUUACUAAAUAUAUUUGAGGGAAAAACAAGUACCCCUAAAAGGUGUUUUGGAGUCUCACCUAUAAUUAAAUUAGGAGCUGUUUUACGCUUCCUAUCUGAGGGCAGCUAUCAAAAAGGUGUUGCUAACGAUUUAUAUACAGGUUUAGCGCAGCCUACGUUCUCUAAAAUAUUAAAAGAAGUUUUAGCAACUUUAGAAGCUGAAAUUUGCAGCAGUUUGAUAAAGUUUCCAGAAGAGAAUGAAAGAAAUGAGAUUAAAUUAGCAUUCUACGAAAAAUUUGGGUUUCCUGGAGUGAUCGGCUGUGUAGACGGAACACACGUUAGAAUUAUAACUCCGUCAAAAAAUCAUCAGCAUUUAUAUUAUAACCGGAAGGGUUAUCAUAGCUUAAACGUUAUGUUGGUUUGCGAUCAUAAAAUGCGCAUCAGGUAUGUUGAUGCUAAUAAUCCGGGAUCAUCUCAUGAUUCUUUUAUUUGGAAUUACAGCAGGUUAAAUGCAAUACUUUCAAGAGAAAAUAUCAACGGUACACGAAAUACCUGGAUUUUAGGGGACGCAGGGUACCCACUUAAACCAUACUUGAUCACGCCGUUCAGAACAUAUAUAAACAGAGGUGACAGCAGUCAAAAAGGAAGAUUUAAUGAGCUUCAUUCCAAGGUACGAAAUAUAAUUGAGAGAACUAAUGGAGUUCUCAAAAAUACAUUCCGCUGCCUGUUGAACGCUCGGGAGCUUCAUUAUACACCAGAGAAAGCCACACAAAUUGUGAACGUGUGCUGUGCUUUGCACAACUUAAAAAUCAAAUAUAACGUGCAAGAUGAACCUGUGGAAAUAGAAGAUGAAAAUGAUGAAAACGAUGAAGAUUUAGAGCAGGAUGAAGAAGAUGCCUCUUUAAUAAGAACAAAUAUUAUGAACUCCAUUUUUAAUUUAUAAAUAAAGUUUUUAUUAGCAGUAACAUAAAUACAUAGUAUUAUUAAAUUAUUAACAUAACAGACUUUUUUUUGUAC